GUAUCCCCGGCCGAUACAAAAGCUGAUUUCAUAUUUGCAUUAUCAGCCAGAACAGAAGGUGCUGGAACCAGAAGCCCGCAAAAGCGGGGAUGCUGCCUUGAUAUGUACAUGCGCUGCACAUAGGCAAUAUGAGCACCGAAUUUCGGAUCAAGUUCGUGGGCGCGGAGCACGAGCCCGAUGUACUGGUUCGGGUCAGCAGCGGCGACAGGAUGGAAUUGCUGGUAGCAGAGGUCUCCAAGGUGAAAGAGCUACCGCCUGGAAAGUUUUUGCGGGUUCUGUGCGCCGGGCGCGAGCUGUUCGCGGACGACGAUGUGUCCAAAGCACCUGGCCGCGUGCUGCAUUGCAUGGUCGUGGACUCGCAGCCGGUGCGGCCGCCGCCCGCACCGCCGCGGAAGGUGGUGCAGCCGCAGCCGGCGCCACCACCGCCGCCCGUUGUUGAGCAGCCGCCGGUGGACUGGCUGGAUGUCGUGGACCCCGGGACGGUUCUAAUGUGGAUCUUUGGAUCUAUCCUGGCACUUUUGUGGCUGCUCUUCGUCUUCUACGCUCACAUGUUUGACCGCACCAGCGUGGUGAUGCUGGUGAUGAUGACGGUGGCGUUCCUCAUCCCGUGCGUCCUCAGCUACCUGCCCUGGCCCACCUUCCUGCACCCCCAGCCGCCGCCGGUGCGGCCCGGCGGGGGUCCAUAUGACCCGGCGAUGGGGCACUCGACGGCAGUGGCAGGGCAGCAGGCAUGGCAGCGGCAGCCGUUCAAUGGGGAAAUCCCGCCGCGGCCGCCGGCGCGGGUGCGGCCAAACACCUGAUGCGCCUGGAGUGGCCCAGCUCAGGCAGCUCUGGCUGGUGUCACAAGUGGCUGGCGUGCACGGGGACAGAGAGGCCGGUCGGUAUGGCUCACUCGCUGCAUGCACACUUUGCAUUGGUUGCCAUGCCGAUCCCCAUCGCGAGGCCAUGUGAGGCAGCGCGGGGUCCCGGCUGAGGCAUAUGCACUUGAAUAACGCCCCUUCUCUGAGCAACGUUGCGUGUUUGUACGCAGCCGUGUCGGGAUGUCUUAUGAAGCAAUGUAGUACUGAGGAGGCUGCAUACUGCGCCAGUACUGGCAGCAAUUUCAUCAUGCUAGUCUUUUGGGCAUGCGCCGGCAGCGUUGGCUGGGUAUGAUGUUAUCUCGCAUGCUUUAAACGCGGUACCGAUAAGCCGUAAACCAUGCAGAUGCUGAGGAGGAGGAAGAGCAAGAAACGUAUGGAAUGGAGACGCGUGUGGGUAUGUUCGUAAGCUCACGUGGCUAUCAGUACGGUAGUUUCAGGCUUGGCGCGAAAGCUCCAGCGGUAGGUGGUUAGCGGCGCUCGGAUGUAAUGUUUAUUUAUGCUAGUUUGGCCGGCCGCUGGCGCUGUCCCGGGAGCACAGCAGCAGGGGGUCGGGUGAUGAUGUGGGGCGCGGUGUAUGGAGGUGGCAUCCUGUAUGCUUAUCUGGGCGCUUCAUUGCGUCAAGCCAAUCGAGUUUUCACAGGUUCGAUUUUGUGGCGUGAGAGCCGCCUCACCCCGGUUAGUGCACGUGCUUGAGUGCUGUGCCGCUUUAGGGUGCCGUAAAGGCCGAAUGCUCCCCGUUACACGGGACUUGAGUUGCUGCCGACGGGCGGGGCUGGGUGGCGGGCAACGUGGCAGGCAAGGGGUAGAUGGCAUAACAAAAUGGCGAGGACUGCUACCCCAUAAUGGCAACACACUUAUGAAGUGUUGAGGGUCCGUAUGCCGCGGUAUGUAGUCCUGCCCAUGCUUGCGCUACGACUGAGUGCUGGAGUGUGUGUAUGUGUGUGUGACCAAACCCAGCGUGUUGGGCAAGCUUGGGUAGGCUGGCAGCGCGCCGUGCGAGUCCUGCGCAGAUGUGCGUGUGGUGUGAUUGCUUGAGCAGAGUGCGUGUGUGCCGCAUGCAGCAGGCGCGGGAAGUGGAAGUGUGGGGGAGGCAAUGCGGAUUGACGGCGUGACGGGGGAUUAACAGCUUCCCGGUGCUAAAACGACUGGGUGCAGAGCCUAGUUGCGCAUCAUUGCGAACCGUGGCUCGGGAUGAAUGCUAUGGACUUCAUUGUUUGGGCAGCAAACAAGGUGAUGAAUGCACUGCGCGCUGGUGGUGGCCCGCGUCUUGUCUAUAUGUGUGAGGGAUGGAGGACAGUGAUAGGCUGCUGCAGGCAUGAAUGGAACACGCGAGGAGCGAGGCAGGAUGAAGGUUAACUUCCGCCGGCAGAGAGUACAUGUUGUGUGUGGUUACAAGGUGGUGAGCACGACGUGCAUUCCUGUCCUUGUAGAAACCUAGGCCCGGAAACCUAGUACAGACGUGUUCAACUCGUGUUGCGGCGGGUAGCAUAACGCAUGCGUUUGAACUUGAGCAUAUACCGGCCACCCUCAUAAGCCGCGCAAUCGCGCUGGAUGGAGGGCUUGCUGAUUGUUGGGAUAAACAUGAGCUCAAGCCCCGGAGGCGGCGCGUCAAAAGAGCUGGGGCCCCCACGUAGAAGGGCACGCCGGGAAGGAGGAGGUGCGUGCGGUGUCAGCUAAUAAACGGGGGUUUAUGCAUUACGGUCGCUAGCCGGCAUCAGGUCCGUCUCGUGAAGGCGCAGGCAGAGGUGGAGCAGUUUGGAGUAUGGACAGGUGAAGAAGGGCUGAGUGGGCGGUGUUCGGCAGUGGCUAACGGUGUUAGGCAGUGGCCAAUCGGUGACGGUGGGUGGCAGUGUCAGGUGUGGCUGAGUCGCCGCCCUGCAUUGCCCACACGUUCCCGUCGGCAUUGUAGACUAUCCCGGUC